GCAGUCAGUAAAGACAUUGAAACCCAAAACCUCUCCAGAAACCUCCACCUGCAACUUUUUGCGCUACUGAGUCACCCACUCUCUCUCUCUCCCUCUCUCUCACUCUCUGUUCUUUCGGUUACUAUUUAUAGCCAUUGCCACACAAACUAUGCGAAGCAUCCUCUUCACACUUUCUCUGACUCUCCCGUUUUCUCCGCCUUCCCUAAACAUCAAAUCUAAAAGCUUCAUUUUCCUUCGAUCUUCUCCUUCCUUUUUAGCCCUACCUCGCUCUUCUUCUCUUUCCAUUUCUCAUCUAAUCAUGUCUCAGGUAUUCCUUAAUUUCAUUAUGAUUUUUUCAGAAUUCGACUAUGGUUUGGUUAAUUUGUUGUUGUUGAUUGAAUUUGAGAAUUUGCAGAGCCAGGGCGGGCUUGAAGGACAACAGUGGAAACCGAAGCCAACCACGGACCAGCCGUCUCCCUCCGGUCUGGGCGCAUCGGUUGCGGCGGUUACCGAUAGAAUUGGUGGUUUGAGUAUUGCCGAAAGCAGUGGCCAGAGUCAUGUUGCGGAGCCAUUGCCAGUGCCGUUUGGUAAUGCGCAAGUGGUUAAUCAGUGUAACUUGCAAGGUCAACUGGCGAUAUGGAAGCCUAAGUCCUAUGGAACAGUAAGUGGAGCUUCAACUGUGGAAGUUGAAAAUGUGCCUUCUAAUGGAAUGCCGGUUGAUGUCCAGAGCAGUGCGUCUGGUAAAGCUUCGGUGGCAGCUCGGAAGAGUAGUGUUAACUUGAGUCAAUUCUUUAGGGGUAAUCUGUUAGAAAAUUUUGCUGUGGAUAAUUCGACUUAUUCACAAGCCCAAAUUAGAGCCACUUUCUAUCCCAAAUUUGAAAAUGAGAAGUCUGAUCAGGAGAUUAGGAUCAGAAUGAUAGAGAUGGUAUCUAAAGGGCUGGCUACAUUGGAGGUCACACUCAAGCAUUCUGGGUCUCUUUUUAUGUAUGCGGGUCAUAAGGGUGGAGCAUAUGCAAAAAAUAGCUUCGGAAAUAUAUACACUGCUGUUGGUGUCUUUGUUCUUGGUCGAAUGUUUCAUGAGGCAUGGGGAACCGCAGCUGCAAAAAAGCAAGCAGAGUUCAAUGAGUUUCUUGAGAGAAACCGAAUGUGUAUAUCAAUGGAAUUGGUAACUGCAGUUCUAGGAGACCAUGGGCAACGACCCCGAGAGGACUAUGUGGUGGUCACAGCAGUCACAGAGUUAGGCAAUGGAAAGCCAAAGUUCUACUCAACUCCUGAAUUGAUUGCCUUUUGUCGAAAAUGGCACCUUCCAACAAAUCAUGUUUGGUUGUUCUCAACAAGGAAAUCAGUAACGUCUUUUUUUGCUGCCUAUGAUGCACUAUGUGAAGAAGGAACAGCAACCACUGUAUGUAGGGCUCUUGAUGAAGUUGCUGAUAUUUCUGUCCCAGGUUCAAAAGACCAUAUAAAGGUGCAGGGUGAAAUCCUGGAGGGUCUUGUUGCUCGGAUUGUGGGUCCUGACAGCUCAAAACACAUGGAGGAUGUCUUGAGGGAACAUCCUCCUCCACCAGCUGAAAGAGCGGACCUUGAUUUGGGACUAAGUCUAAGAGAAAUUUGUGCUGCUAAUAGGGCAGAUGAAAAACAGCAAAUAAAAGCGCUACUUCAGAGCAUUGGCUCUUCUUUUUGCCCUGACAAUUCAGACUGGUUUGGGAUUGAAGGUGGUGAUACCCAAUCAAGAAAUGCUGACAGAUCUGUUGUUUCAAAAUUUUUACAAGCUCACCCCACUGAUUAUUCAACCAAGAAGUUGCAGGAAAUGGUUCGUUUGCUGAGAGAAAGACGCUUCCCAGCUGCUUUUAAAUGUUACCAUAACUUCCAAAAAAUUGAUUCUGUAUCAAGUGACAACCUUUUCUACAAGAUGGUUAUUCAUGUCCACAGUGACUCUGGAUUUCGGCGAUAUCAAAAAGAGAUGAGGCACAAGCCAGGGUUGUGGCCAUUGUAUCGAGGUUUUUUUGUUGACAUCAAUUUAUUCAAGGCAAACAAGGAGAGAGCUGCUGAAAUUGCAAAAAAUAACAAUAACAUGGAGGAAACUAUUAAUGGCAAUGAUGCUGUAUCUGCAAAAGAUGGUAUAGCUGACGAAGAUGCAAAUUUAAUGAUAAAAUUAAAAUUUCUUACAUAUAAGUUAAGAACCUUUUUGAUCCGCAAUGGUUUGUCGAUUCUUUUCAAGGAUGGUCCAUCUGCUUACAAGGCCUACUACCUGAGGCAGAUGAAAAUAUGGGGCACAUUGGCUGGAAAGCAGAGAGAACUCAGCAAGAUGCUUGAUGAAUGGGCUGUCUACAUCCGAAGAAAACAUGGAAAGAAACAGUUGUCAUCCUCAAUAUACCUUAGUGAAGCUGAGCCUUUUCUUGAACAGUAUGCAAGUCGAAGUCCAGAGAAUCAGGCUCUGAUAGGAUCUGCUGGAAGUUUAGUCAGGACUGAAGAUUUCUUGGCCAUUAUAGGAGACAGGGAUGAAGAGGGUGAUCUUGAGACAGAGCGAGAGGUGGCACCCCUGAGCCCUAUGUCCUCAGUCAAGGACACUGUUCAAAAGAAUGAGGGUUUAAUUGUAUUUUUUCCAGGAAUACCUGGUUGUGCUAAGUCUGCUCUUUGCAAGGAAUUACUAAAUGCCCCUGGAGGACUUGGAGACGAUCGCCCUGUCCAUAGUUUGAUGGGGGACCUUAUCAAAGGAAAGUAUUGGCAGAAGGUUGCUGAGGAGCGCAGGAGAAAACCAUAUUCUAUAAUGCUGGCUGACAAGAAUGCACCAAAUGAAGAAGUUUGGAGACAGAUUGAAGAUAUGUGCCGUAGCACCCGAGCGUCAGCUGUUCCUGUUAUACCUGAUUCUGAAGGAACGGAUUCAAAUCCAUUUUCUCUUGAUGCAUUAUCAGUUUUCAUUUUCCGUGUUCUUCAACGAGUUAAUCAUCCGGGAAAUCUGGACAAAGCAUCUCCAAAUGCUGGUUACGUGCUUUUAAUGUUUUAUCAUCUUUAUGAUGGCAAGAGUCAACAAGAGUUUGAGAGUGAAUUAAUUGAACGUUUUGGCUCUCUAGUGAAGAUGCCGUUGCUGAAAUCGGAUAGGAGUCCUCUGCCAGAUCCUGUGAGAUCAAUUUUGGAAGAGGGAAUAAAUCUAUACAGGCUUCACACCAACAAAUAUGGCAGAUUGGAAUCUACCAAGGGGUCAUAUGCAAAGGAAUGGGCAAAUUGGGAGAAGCGGUUGCGUGAAGUUCUAUUCAGCAAUGCGGAGUACCUCAAUUCCAUUCAGGUUCCUUUUGAGUCUGCAGUUAAGCAAGUGCUGGAACAGCUAAGAAAAAUUGCUAAGGGUGAAUACACAACACCAAUUAUUGAGAGGAGGAAACUUGGAACAAUUGUUUUUGCUGCUAUCGAUUUGCCAGUUCCAGAAAUCUGUAGUUCCCUCAACAAUUUGGCUCAGAAGAACCCCAAGGUUGAAGCCUUUCUUCAGGACAAGCACUUGGAGCACAACCUUAAGGAGACUCACUUGACCCUUGCCCACAAGAGAAGUCAUGGCGUUACAGCGGUAGCAAGUUAUGGACUGUUUCUCAAUCAGAAGGUCCCAGUAGAAUUGACUGCACUUCUCUUCACAGAUAAAAUGGCUGCCCUAGAAGCACAACCAGGUUCUGUUGAUGGCGAAAAAGUAGUUUCAAAAAAUGAGUGGCCGCAUGUUACCAUAUGGACCGCAGAGGGAGUAGCACCCAAGGAAGCCAACACACUGCCUCAAUUGUUCUCAGAGGGGAAAGCAACUCGUGUUGAAUUCAGUCCGCCCAUCACCAUAUCGGGCACAGUGCAAUUUUAUUGAGUUCAAUUUUUUUUUUUUCACAAAUUGGAUUUGAAGCUUAGUUUUUUAGCUGCUGAGAAGUAGUUUGUAUAGGCGAAAACAAGGUAAAUAUACAAUUGAAUUUUCUUUUAUGUUUGUAUCA